UGGGCUUUUAAAUUUAGAAGCUCAAAUUGAUUAAGCGCCAGAGAAGUCAGUUGAUUCCUUCCUUACAGACGAGAAAUAUAUUUUGUCUUUAUUUGUAACGGAAAUGAAGAUUUUCGUUUUAUUCGCUCUAGUUGGUUUUAGCGCUGCCGCAAAAUUGCUCAGCAUCCCUUUGGAACGACUGCCCACGGCACGCAGUUCGAUGAGCCUCGUCGAACAGUCGAUGGAACGAACGCGAAAUCGUUACAGCAGCGGCAAAAUUCUUACGGAAGAUUUGAGAAAUUUCCAAGACUCUCAAUACUUUGGUCCAAUCACUUUGGGCACUCCUCCACAGGAUUUCACCGUGAUUUUCGACACGGGAUCAGCCAAUCUUUGGGUACCGUCCAGCCAGUGCUCCGAAGAUAAUCUUGCUUGCAAGGUUCACAAUCAGUACAAUUCGUCCUUGUCCGACACCUACAAACCGAACGGAACCGAGUUCAGCAUCCAGUAUGGCACCGGAGCAAUGAACGGUUUUCUGUCGACAGAUAUUCUGGGUGUGGCCGGGGCUCAGGUGAUUGACCAGACGUUUGCCGAGGCAGUUAACGAACCGGGAGUUACAUUCGUCGCUGGUCGUUUCGACGGUAUUUUGGGCAUGUCUUACCCGAACAUUGCCGUCCAAGGUGUAGUCCCCAUGUUCCAGAACAUGCUGGCCCAGGGUUUGGUCGAUGAGCCCGUCUUUUCUUUCUGGCUCAACAGAGAUGCUAGCGAUCCAGUCAACGGCGGUGAAAUUGUCUUUGGCGGCACCAAUCCCGAUCAUUACGUCGGUGAAAUCAAUUACAUCCCAGUCACCCGCAAAGCAUACUGGCAAUUCAGAGCCGACGGUCUGAUGAUUGAAGGCAUUCCUGAAUAUCCGUUCUGCGAUGGCGGUUGUGAAAUGAUUUCCGAUACUGGCACUUCUGUCAUCGCUGGACCAGCCGAAGAAGUCAACCUUCUCAACCGACUCCUUGGUGCCAUCAACAUCAUCAAUGGAGAAGCUGUCAUAAGUUGUCUUAGAAUUCCGUACCUGCCCCCCAUUACAAUCACCAUUUCCGGAUUGCCCUACACUCUGGAGGGCGAAGAUUACAUUCUAAAGGUUGACGACCCCACUACCAACACCAGCACUUGCAUUUCUGGAUUCCUUGGACUGGAUAUCCCACCGCCGUCCGGCCCGCUGUGGAUCUUGGGUGACAUUUUCAUUGGCAAGUUUUAUUCCAUCUAUGAUUUCGGAAUGGAUCGAAUCGGACUCGCUACUGCCCGUUAAUUGCAACGCCCAUUUUUCACAUCUUAUUAUAAAUAGACCAACUGAGGGUAUAAAUAGAAAACAUUAUAUAGAAUUAUAGAUGAACUUCUUUUCGGCAAUAAACAACUAAAUGAAGCAACCAAA